UGUCAUUAACACUCUGUCUGUGGAUGUUUGUUCACUGUUGGACGCUUGCAUGUUGGACAUGAGGUCGCCCUUAUGCUUUCCUGCUUUACAGCUGUAAAGGCUGCGUCCUUAAUGGAGUAAAAAGGACGGCGAUGGGCAGCCGUCUGAUUGGUGGAGUGGACUCCUCUCACAUCUGCUGAUUGGUCGGUGCUUUUUUGGUUGUUUUGACGCUUUUAUUUGGCUUCAGGAAGCAGCAGGACCUACCGACUCUAGCUACCUAGAGGAAGUGAAAGAGAAAACGGCGCGGUGAGGCAGAAAGGGACCACAAACAUGGAUACUAUGGAAAAUCUUGCCCCUGAAUCUCGAGCGGAGCGGAUCGCCCGCUACAAGGCAGAGAGGAGGCGGGAGCUGGCCGAGCGCUAUGGCAACCAGGAAGAGGAGCUUCCCUCCAAGUGCUCCAAGAAGGAGAUGGAAGGGCGUGGCACUCGCCGGGACUCCGGUGGGGUUAAUGGAAGUGUGAGGGUCUAUGAAGAGGAGCUUCCCCAUGCUAAAAUCUCCAAUGGAUAUGAGGGAGAUUCUAAACUAGAUAGCACUUACCUGAACAGGCAGUGUGCAUCAGAUCCGUGCAGUACACUGGCUGGGGGAGAUGCCCCCCAGCUGCACACCCACGUAUCGGUGGGCAAGCUGAAGAAUGCCCUGCUGGAGCAAAACUGGAGCUCAGCUCCAACCGAGAAAGUUGAUGCAGAUGGAGGCCCUAACAGGGCUCUGGAACUGGCGGUGAAAGCAGGUUCUGAUGGUGGACGUCGGCGCACUCGUCGUUAUCUGCCUGCAGGGGCUGCAGGGAGUCGCAAAACAAACGAGCGUUUCCGAACCCAGCCUGUUACAGCUUAUGAGAUGCAAGAGAGCUGCGGAACCAUGGACAACACGGAUCAGGAGAACUCAGCAGAUGUUAAAACGGAUGACAGAGCCAAGAUGAGUGUAGCUGCCAAGAUGUCUCUGUUUAAAGAGCUGGAAAAGACAGCGGCCCCUGAGGCAUCCUCCUUCCUAAAGCCUCGCUCCUCCAGCAGCUUCGGCGAGCCCAGAGUACGGCGAAGCAGUGAAAACCGGGCUCUCACUCAGCCAAUCACCUACGAGGAAGCACCAGUCAGUGACCCUUGUACAGCUGAGCCGGAGAUCAAGGACGAUGCCAGCUCCAACCUGACCCUGAGUGAGAAACUGGCUCUCUUUAAUAAACUCUCACAGCCUUUUGUGCCUGGAGCUCCAGGAGGUCCCAGGGCUCCAGGAGGAGAUGGCAGUUCAGAGGCCUCAGAGAGACGAAGACAGAAGGGAGCCCGCUACCGAACUCAGCCCAUCACUGUCGACGAGGUCAACCUGCUCCAGAAGGCCCCUGUCCAGCUGCCUCCACUGCAUCUGUCUGCUCACCUCUCUGACCGUCAGCAGGCCCACUCCAUCAACCUGAAGCCCAGCGAGGUGCGUCUGUCCAGGCAGGACCUUACCGAGCCCAGCCCACCACAGCCCCGCCCUGAGAUCAAAGGCAUCCUGAAGAACAGCAGCUCUGAAGAGACAGGCACCAGGGGCCGCCAGGCCAAGCUUGAGGGCCGCCUGAUUGGACGAGCCCCAGAGCAGAAUGGUGAGCGGGAGAGAGAGCGAGUGGAGGUGAAGGAACAAAUGGAAAGAAUUGUCUCGCCAGUGGUAGCAGGGGAAUAUUCUCCAGCCCCUCGCUCUACCGCCCCCUGGAGGCAGAGAGCGAGGAAGGACAACACCUCCUCCUCCUCUCUGCGGUCCCGUAGACACACCCUCGAGAUUGAGCGCUCCUGUGAACCACAGGACACGCCCACUCAGCCACUGGCUGUAGAGCAGCACAACGGGACAGCAGCUAUAGGAGACAGGCGGUCUGACUCUAAAGAAGAGGAACAGAGCACUGGGGCAAUGUACAGUGUCACACCUGCCACAGAACCACAGGCUGAGGGUGAGGCUGUGUGUGGGUCCGCUGCUCCAGCUCAGUGUUGGGAACCUGUCUAUUCCUCAGUCUAUUCUCCUCCUAGCACUCCUCCUCAGUAUAAGAUGUGUUUUAAUGAGAGAAGUCUUUCAUAUGAAGCUCUAGAAGUUUCAUCACCCACUCAAGCACAAGUACACCCACAGCCACAGCCACGGUGGAGACAUAAGGCGAGCUCGGUGGAGUCAGACUUUCAGCCGAUCAUGCAGACAGACAGUGAGACCCAGUCAAAGCGCACUGAUGAAAACCAGGAGCCUCAACAGCCUGUUACCACAGAUCCAGCCAAAGAGGACGUGACCACUGAUGCCCCCUCACGUCCUGUGUGUGAGAGCAGCCCAGGAGACACUGAGCAGGACCUGAGCACUCUCUGCCAGACUAACACACACAUUUUGAGCUCUGCUGUAGCGGAACAUAGACGUUCUGUCCGACCGUCCCGCCGCACUCAGGGCUCGAGAAAUCCGCUACGUGCCCUCGCUGCUCGGAACGAUGUGCUACGGGACUUCGUGCAGCAUGAUGACCCUGACGCCAGGGAAAGCAACAGAGCUGUGAAGAACUCCACCAAUGGCUCGUCCUUCGAGACCAACACUGUGCCCUACAGCAGCCUCAUGCUAAUUCAUGUGAAAGGAUGGAGACAGGUGCAGGUGCGUUUGGUGGAGCCGGUGGCCCGAUCAUUAAACAGCGGUGAUUGCUUCCUGCUGGUCACUCCAACACUCUGCUAUCUCUGGACUGGUCAGCUGUCCAAUGGCAGUGAGAGAGAGAUGGCUUCUGCCAUGGCCUCGUUGAUCGUAGCCCAGCGGGAUUUGGGUUGCCAGGCAGUGGAUGUCGUUCACUUAGACGAGGGUGUGAACUCGGACGCAGAUGAGGCCAGAGAUUUCUGGAAUCUUCUAGGAGGAAAAGCUCAUUACAGUGGCUGCUCUGAUGAUGACAAACAUUACGAGACAGCGAUUUCUCAGUCCAACUGUGUGUACCGGCUUCAGGGAGACAGACUCGUCCCACAUGAGCAGGGCUGGGCCUCUGUACCACACCGCUCUCUGCUGGACUCCUCCCAGACUCUGCUGUUUGACUUUGGUAGUGAGCUCUACCUGUGGCAUGGAAAGGAUGUUUCCCCUAGUGAGAGAAAACUGGCGCUGAAGUUAGCUCAGCAGGUCUGGACAGGGGUUUACGACUAUAGCAACUGCCAGAUCAACCCACUGGACCCCUUUGGCAGUAAUGCUCAAAUUCAAAGGCAGGAUGUGGGCCGGCCAGACUGGGCUCUUUUUGGUCGUAUAUUUGAGCAGAAUGAGACCGUUCUCUUCAGGCUGAAGUUUGCAGACUGGUCUAUGAAGAGAGACAGCAAUAAAGAGCACAGUAGCCCUGCUGUACAGGAGGUGGUUCAGACUCCCUCUCUCCAGACUCCUCAUCCUGCAGCGUGUCCUGUAGAGGAGUGGUCAUGUGAUGCUAAGGCUCUGUUUGGGGGACAGUGUGUGUGCGGUGCUGGACCGGUGGUUCUGCAGGGUGUGGAUGUACAGCGGGGUCGGGAUCUGGUCACUGUGAGCAGUGGUGGUCAGCAGGCGGAGCUGAGCACUGUGUGUGUGGAGUGCUGGCGUGUUGGCAGGGGGGACGACUGCAGGGUGGCUGCAGAGAGCAUGGGUCAGUUACACCAAGCCGAUUCCUAUGCUGUACGCUGGACCUACUGCCUCAGUGCCACGGUUGAUCAGAUCUGUGAUCAGGAGCGCACUGCCCUGUUCAUCUGGCAGGGUCAACACUCUCAGUUCAGUGGGCAGGAAUUGUCGUUACCACUGACCAGUCAGAAUGAGCCUCGGGUGAUUAUAAAAGAGGGGGAGGAGCCACCGUGCUUUCUGCAGCUCUUCCAGGGAGGACUGGUCAUUCACGGAGGAGUCAGCAGUAACCGCACAGGAGGCUGGCGUCUGUUCUGUGUGAGGGGUGCUGUGCCUGUGGAGGCUAAUCUGUUGGAGGUGGAGUGCUGCUGCUCCAGUCUGCGUUCUCGAGGUUCUUUGCUGCUGCUGAACAGCCAGCAGGGGGUGCUGUACCUGUGGCACGGCUGCAAGGUCCAUGCUACUGCACGCCAAGUCGCCAAACACACCGUCCAGCAGCUCACGAACAUGUGUCCCCCUGAAAUGGGACUGAGCAGUGGCCAGACUCUAAACAUCAAGGAGGUGGAAGAAGGGGCGGAGCCAGCAGAGUUCUGGAACAUUAUUGGCCCACAGGAUAGAAAAUCAUACGACUGCAUGCUACAAGACCCUGGGAAGUACACCUUCACUCCUCGCCUUUUUCACCUCAGUGCCCAGUCAGGGACUUUUAAAGGGGAGGAGCUACUGAGUCCAUCAAGGGCAACUGGGGUUGUGAUGGCGAUGCCAUUUGUUCAGCAGUGCUUAUUCUCUGUUCCACAGCCAGCUCUGUUCUUAUUGGAUAACUCUAUGGAGGUGUAUCUGUGGCAGAGCAGUACAGCUCCAGACUCAAAGCGCUCCCAAUGGGAUGCUGAGAGGAAAUGCGCCAUGGAGACGGCUCUUCAGUACUGCAGAGAGAGAAACCCCAGACGGCCUCCUUUGGCUUAUUUAAUUCAGGAAGGGGUGGAGCCUCUCACCUUUACUAAUGUCUUCCCCUCCUGGGAAAGUUCAGCCACACAGAAAGACUCCUCAGCCUGUAAGAAGCUGACGUUAGUGCGGGAAGCCCUGGCUGUUCUCAGUGGAACACAGUUCACAGUGCAGGACCUGCUGAAGAGGCCUUUACCAGAGGGGGUGGAUCCCCUGCACCUGGAGACCUAUCUGUCUGAUCAUGACUUCCAGAUGCUUUUGGGGAUGAAGAGGAAAGACUACAACUCCCUGUCAGACCUGCAGCAGUUAAACCUGAAGAAGAGCAAAGGACUGUACUGAACCUGCGCUUGAAGGACUGUUUAAACAGGAAGUACUGCAGCAGUGUUGGAAUCUCCGUGUUGUCACCGAAAAGAAAUCUGUUUAAAAGAAGACUUUUUUUUUUGUAUUGCCUGUUUUUGAGAGGGUUCUAUUUUUCUUGUUAUGUGAAGACCCUUCCCUUGUACAGUGUAACCUAGUGACUGUUUUUAAGAGUGAGUGUGAGUGUGUGUGGUAUGUGUGGGGGUCCUAUUUGAGUGUGGUCACUUUAGCGCCUUAUGUUCAUCCACUGAAAUUUUUGGCCAAACGCCUUUGCCGGAGAGGAAUACGGACACCAACAACAUGAAAUCCACAGGUUUUAUCUACUUCUCUUCGUCUGCAGCCAAUCAAGUCUAUUGCUCAAAGUCAUAUGGCUCCUGUAUACAUAUCAAGUGUUCUAUAGAUCUAUGUAGAACUGUGCCAGCUAAAGAACCAUUUGCAUGUUUAUAUGAAGUGGACUCCCUAUCUAGUGCACUACAUACGUCUAUGAAAUUAUAGGCAGUGAGGAACCCCAUAAGAUUUGUAGAUUGUUCUUCUACCAUCUGUGACUACCUGUCUAGUGCACUACAUACGUCUAUGGCUUCUACACCUAAAUAGUGGGGAGCUGAAGCUGCUGUUUCAUGACUUAGUAGUACACUAUGUAGGGAGUGGGGAUCCAAAUGAGAUUGGGCUUGUAUCGCCAUCAGUGGUUCUGUGUAGAACUAACUAAAUUUGAAGAACCUCUAGUAUAUUUAGUACAUUUUUCGUCUGCUUGUCUGGGACUAGUGCAUCAUAACAACAUAAGACUAUGAAGCUAUAGCUUUUGGUGCACUACAUAGGGUGUAGGGAGACAUUUGAGAUUGGGCCCAUAUCUUUAGCAAUGGUUCUGCAUACAACCAAGGCAAACUAAAGAACCCUUUUUUAUAAUGAUAUCUAGCUUGUUUUUCACCUGCUUUAGUGGUUCUUCGCAAUGGUUCCUCUUGCUUUGAGUGAGCUUCCUUUCUAGUGCACUACACAAGUCUAUGAAACUAUGGCUUCUACACCCAAAUAGGUGUAGGGGUAUAGAAGAUGGUGUUUCAUGACAUUCUUUAAAGUGCACUUUCUCAGUGGUUCUGUUUAGAACCACAACAAUUUGAAGAACCUGUAAGAUGUUUAAAUGGUUCUUACUUGGAUCAGGUGUUCUUCCCAUUGAUGAGAAACCUUUUGUAGAGGAUUCUUUAGGCAUAGAGUGUACUCACUCUCUAGUGCACUACAUAAGACUAUGAAACUGUAGCUUCAUGUGCACUACAUAGUGUGUAGGGAGCAAAUUCAGAUUUGGCCUAGAUCUGCAUAGAACCAAAGCAACCUAAAAAAACGUUUGGAUAUCUAACUCGUUCCUCGCCUGGUUUUUAAAGGUUCUUCCCAAUGGUUCUUUUUGCUUAGACUGUACUCCCUAUCUAGUGCACUACAUAAGACCAAAAAGGGAAGUAGAAACACUACAUAGGGUGUAAGGAGCCACUUGAGAUUGGGCCUACAUCGGUAUCCAUGGUUCAAAUGGUCUUUGCCUGGUUUGAAGGUUCUUCACAAUGGUGAAAAUCCUUUUGUAUCAAUUUAACUAUCUAAUGCACUUAAAAUCAAUAAAACUAUGAAUUCCACA